UUCUUCUUCUUUUUCUUCUAAUUUUCUUCUUGACAUAGCUCCUUUGAUUAAAUGCUCAAUUCCCAUUUGGGGUUCCUCUUAAAAUCCCAUUUGAAACAGAAAUAUGGAGAGAGGAUGGAAACCUAUGGUGGAAAUAUCACCAAAUUGUCCAAGGUGUGGCUCUUCCAAUACUAAGUUUUGUUAUUACAACAACUAUAGCCUUACCCAGCCUCGCUACUUUUGCAAAGGCUGUCGUCGCUAUUGGACCAAAGGCGGUUCCCUCCGUAAUGUUCCCGUCGGUGGUGGUUGUCGGAAGAAUCGACGUUCGCCCAAGCCCUUAACCCUAACCCCAUCUUCCUCAAACCCUAAAUUUCACCACACUAACGAUAGUGAUUACCAACGAUACCACUGUGGUCUCUCCGACUCCGAUGUAUCACCAACCAUCGAUUUGGCAGUCGUCUACGCCAAUUUUGUGAACCAGAAACCAGACACGCCUGAAACUAUACCAACCUCGAACGCAGCUGGCCACUUUCCUGUUUCCGUUCAGAGUAGGGUGGUUGGAUGUGGGAAUUUUUGUGAGUUUUCCAUGCAGGAAUGUGGAUUGGGGGCCAAUGAUUAUCAAGUGGGAGGUGGUUGCUUUGGGUUAGAGGAGAGUAGUAAUAAUAAUGAAAGUCAAGUGGCGGCGCGUGAGCUUCAAUUGCCGCCGUUGCCGGGGGAGGACAUGGUGGAAGCAUGGGGAAAUUCUAUGAUAAUGGUGAAUAAUCAUCAUCGUUUGCAACCAACAAGAGUAGAAAUGUUCGAAGACCCAAAUUUGCUGAGUGGUAAUUGGAGCCCUAUUGAUCUGUCUAAUUAUGAUACAUUCUCAAAAGGCUUAACAAAUAUACAUAUAUAAUAUAAUCUCUGCUAUUAUAUAUUUUUUUCCCAAAGUAUUUUUGUGUAUGAUCUUUCAUACACACACAUAUAUAUGCAUACAUAUGUCUUUGUGUUCUACUGUACUUUGUUUAUGUAUACAAAAAAGAUACCAUUUUCCCAUCUUUGCUUAUGUAAUAAAUAUUUAUUAUUGCAAUAUCCAUCAAUAAGUGAUCCAUCAAA